AUGAUACCAAAAGAUCUUGCUACUUGGAAGAUAUACGCAUUCUCAGCGGAGAUUAAUAAAGUAGGAGAUGUUGCCACAGAAGGUUUUGGUACAGUUAAAGCCACAACUGACACAUAUACAUCAACAACCAAAUACUUUGCCGGGCUUUUUGCCGCUAUAUUAGAUACUGCUGGCAUCGAUUAUUUUCAUUGUGGAAAAUUUCAGACGCAGCCUUUACUACCGGAAUAUUCCGUAACCAAAUUUCCACCAUUCUCACUUCCGUGA